UGGUAGAAUUUGGUCUUUUACAGGAAUUCCAGUUGAAGCUGUUUCUUGAAAAAAAAAACAAAGAAGAUGGCGCAGCCUGUGAUUGGUGCAUAUAUUAGCCAAUCACACGUCACUCUCUGGGAGGGAAACUCCAGCAUGCAAACAAACUGCCACUUGUUCACGAUCUCUUAUGUUUUGUUCAAAGCUAGAAAGACGGUUUUGCAUUUCUUGAUAGGUUCUUCUAUCAGCUUCUCAGUAAAAACACUGCAUGCAAUAUUCUUAAUGCGAGCUGUGUCACGGACUGAGGAACACCCAAAUUUUUGAUGGUAUGAAAACAUCUUUUUGAAUACGUCUGACAGCAUCAUGAUCCAGCUGCUGUGUGUGACAUUAUGGUGGAGUGUGCAGACGGCGGCAUCCCAAACGCAUGAAGUGGUGUGUCCUGGUACCCAGAAUGCACUGAGCUCCACUGGCUCUCAGGAGAACCAGUACAACCUGAUCAAGGACCGGUAUGGUGGCUGUGAGAUCAUCAUGGGGAACCUGGAAAUCUCUCAGAUUGAGAGUAACUGGGACUUCUCCUUCCUCGGGAUGAUCCGCGAGGUGACCGGCUACGUCCUCAUUGCUAUGAACCACUUUCAGCAGAUCCCUCUGGAGCAGCUGAGGGUUAUCAGAGGAAACAGUCUGUAUGAAGGGCGUUUCGCCCUCUCUGUCUUUUACAACUACCCCAAAGAUGGCUCCAACGGCCUGCGGCAGCUGGGGCUCACAAAUCUGACAGAGAUCUUGGAGGGAGGAGUGCAGAUAAUCAGCAACAAGUACCUGAGUUAUGGUCCCUGGAUUUUCUGGCAAGACAUUAUCAGGGACAACAACGCACCAAUUGACAUCCAGAACAAUGGAAAGAGAGGGUCAUGUCACAAAUCUUGUGGUGAUUACUGCUGGGGCCCUAACGAAGACCAGUGUCAGAUCUUGAGUAAGACGGUGUGCGCACCGCAGUGUAAUGGACGCUGUUUUGGGACCAGCCCCAGGAACUGCUGUCACAUAGAGUGUGCCGCUGGAUGCAUAGGCCCUCUGGAUGUGGACUGUUUUGCAUGCCGUCAUUUCAACGACUCUGGAGCGUGCGUGCCUCAGUGUCCACAGGCUCUGAUCUACAACAAACAGACAUUUCAGAUGGAGACCAACCCCAACGCCAAAUAUCAGUACGGAUCCAUUUGUGUUUCCCAGUGCCCCACCCAUUUCGUGGUGGACGGUAGCUCGUGUGUGAGCGUCUGUCCUCCAGACAAGAUGGAGGUUGAGCGAGAAGGUCAGAGGCAGUGUGAGCUCUGCAGUGGACUCUGCCCAAAAGUGUGUGAAGGCACUGGAGCGGAGCACAGACAGACCGUGGACUCCAGCAACAUCGACAGCUUCAUCAACUGCACUAAGAUCCAGGGCAGCCUUCACUUCCUGGUCACAGGGAUUCUUGGAGAUGAUUUUAACCAGAUUGCACCCCUGGAUGCCAAAAAACUGGAAGUGUUCCGCACUGUCAGAGAAAUAACAGAUAUUUUAAAUAUCCAGUCGUGGCCUAAAGAACUGAAUGAUCUGUCUGUUUUUUCAAGUCUCACCACCAUUCAGGGGAGGUCGCUCUACAAGCGGUUUUCCCUGAUGGUGAUGCGGAUCCCCACGCUGACCUCACUGGGUCUGCGCUCUCUCCGGGAGAUUAGUGACGGCAGCGUUUACAUCUUUCAGAACACAAACCUCUGUUACCAGCACACUGUCAACUGGACGCUGCUGUUCAGAGGUCACAGAGUUCAAAUCAACAGCAUCAGCAACAACAGGCCGCUGGAGGAGUGCGUUGCAGAUGGGCAUGUUUGUGACCCGCUGUGUUCAGACUCCGGUUGUUGGGGUCCAGGCCCCGAGCAGUGUCUCUCCUGUAGGAACUACAGCCGAAGCGGCACAUGUGUGAGCAGCUGUCAUUUCUACAGCGGAUCUCCAAGAGAAUUUGCAAGGGCUGACCGUGAGUGUGUCGCUUGUCACUCAGAGUGUCUGCCACAGGAUGGAAAGGCCAGCUGCACAGGAUCGGGUGCAGAUGAGUGUGUGUCAUGUGCAAACAUUCGUGAUGGUCCUUACUGCAUGUUCUCCUGUCCCACUGGAGUGAAUGAUGGACAGAGAGGACUGAUUUUCAAAUACCCCAACAAGGAGGGUCACUGUGAACCGUGCCACCCAAACUGCACACUGGGAUGCUCAGGUCCAGGACUGAAUGACUGCGCAGGGACAGCAAGAUUAGCCAUUAGUAGUGGGCAGAUCACAGGCAUAGCCUUAGGUGUCCCUGUCGGGUUGAUUUUCUGCCUGGUGGUGUUUUUCCUGGGCUUACUGUACCACAGAGGCCUUGCCAUUCGGCGCAAAAGAGCCAUGAGGAGAUACCUGGAGAGUGGAGAGCUCUUUGAGCCACUUGGUCCCAGAGAGAAAGGGACAAAGGUUCAUGCUCGUAUCCUGAGGCCCUCAGAGCUGAAGAAGAUCAAAGCUCUUGGCUCUGGAGUCUUUGGCACAGUGCAUAAGGGCUUUUGGACUCCAGAGGGGGAGACAGUGAAGAUCCCAGUGGCUAUCAAGACCAUCAAGGACAGCUCAGGUUGCCAGACAUUCACUGAAAUCACUGAUCACAUGCGGUCCAUAGGCAGCCUGGACCAUCCUUAUAUAGUACGUCUGCUGGGCAUCUGUCCAGGCAUCAGUCUGCAGCUCAUCACCCAACUCAGUUCACAGGGGUCCUUACUGGACCACAUCAGACAGCACAAGAGCAGCCUGGACCCCCAGCGCCUGCUGAACUGGUGUGUUCAGAUUGCUAAGGGUAUGUACUACCUGGAGGAACACUGCAUGGUCCACAGGAACCUGGCUGCCCGGAACAUCCUUCUGAAAAACGACUACCAGGUCCAGAUCUCUGACUUCGGCAUAGCAGAUCUCCUUUAUCCUGAUGACAAGAAAUAUGUCUACACUGACACGAAGACUCCUAUAAAAUGGAUGGCACUUGAAAGCAUCUUGUUUCGAAGAUACAGUCAUCAAAGUGAUGUUUGGAGUUAUGGAGUGACAGUGUGGGAGAUGAUGUCAUUUGGGGUGGAGCCCUAUGCGUCAGUGCAGCCUCAGGAGGUGCCAGGUCUGCUGGAGAAGGGUGAACGUCUGUCACAGCCCCACAUCUGUACUAUAGACGUCUACAUGGUUAUGGUUAAGUGCUGGAUGAUUGAUGAAAAUAUACGGCCUACCUUCAAGGAGUUGGCCAGUGACUUUACUCGCAUGGCACGAGACCCACAUAGAUAUCUUGUCAUCAAGGUUGAAGGAAGAGAAUCCAUCUCUGAAGAGAUUCACCAAAGAGAAGCAGAGUUCCUGGAGGAAGAUUUGGAGGAUGAAGAUGAGGAGGGUUUGGAGGAUGGUUUUGUGACACCUCCUCUACACCAUUCUCCAUCUUGGAGUCUGUCUCGCUCAAGAAUUAAUUCUUAUAGGAGUGGCGCCUCUCAGACCGGACCAAUAGGAUACUUACCGAUGACCCCCAGUCCCGCAGACACGAUCUGCCAGCUCUGGUUUCACAGGUCUCGUCUCAGCUCAAUGCAGACGCUGUCUGACAGCUCGGAGAGGAGGGACACCGAGGUGCCCGGGGAUGGUUUGGUGAAUGGUAGACUUCGCAGGGCCAGGUUUGGCUCUGAGAGGAGUAACAGCCGUAAAUCCAUUAGCCGGCACAGGAAACUCUCAACAGCCUCAAGUCCAUCCUCGUAUAAAGUGUGGAUGCCGGAAGAAGAGGAGGAGGUGGACCACUAUGGCUAUGUUCUACCUGGGUUGCCUGGAAGCCCAGAAAGAGUGUUUAGGCUCUUUCAUACUUGGCAAAGAAACUCAAGAUCUACCAGGAAUAAUGUGUUAAAUCCCACUCAGCAAUAUGAAGUCAUGACGAGAGAAUCCGGUGCUCCUACUUCCUCCCAGCUGGAUGCUCAGCUGAAAUCAUCACCUUUGCCUUCUCCAACCUGCAAGACACCAUUGUGCUUCGGGGAUACAUCACAGAUGGAGAAUCGGUUGUCAGUUUCAGCUGAAAGCAGUGAGAACUUGGACUGUGAGGAAACUUCAACAGAGCAAAACAAAUCCACGGACAAACAUCUGCUUCGUGAAACUUGCGAGGACGACCAAAGCAGGGCAGACCAAGAGAUGUGCAGGUAUAACUGCAUGGACAUCCAGAGCAUCCACUCAGAUAAGGUUGAAACCCCACCACUGGACAGAUGUGGGAGUCCAACAUCUGCACAGAAAGCAGCAGCAGAGGUUGAGGAAACAAGCAGUGAGGAGGAAAACCAAAUAAUGGAGCUAUUUAAAAAAGACUGCAGUGAAGAAGAGAAGAAGCAGCACAGCACAAACAACCAACCCACACUUCGGGGAAUUCUGAGCGGUACUUUGCUAAGUGGGCCAGAUGUGCUGACAGCUGAGGGAGAGCAGGUGGAAGAGUAUGAGGAGAUGACCAGAUUUGCAACGGAGCCCUGUGGGUGGGAACAGGCAGAGUAUCAGAACCUCCCAGUGAAAGGGAGGACAGUUUCUGAUGAGAUGGGCGGCAGCAGGUGUGCGGGGAUCGGGGGAUACAUCAAGGUGUGUGCCGGCAUUGGGGAGCCUGGCAGCAGCACAUCGUUUGAUAACCCAGACUACUGGCACAGCAGACUCUACCUCAAACCAGAUGCUGUGCGCACAUAACAUGGACAGAAGUUCAG